UUGAAUUCCAAGCUUUCAAGGCAGAGAUUAGAAGCGAACUAGGGGGCUCCCAGUGCAUGCCCCAAAGCAUCGAGGGUCCCAGAGCAAGGUUUCCCCAGGUUUCACAAUGUUCCAAGUACUCAGGAGCAAGCAAUGUAGGCUAAGGGUCAUCCAUUUAAAACGCCUCCAUCAUAAGGCUGUGCUGGCACUCAGGAGAGAAGAUGUAAAUGCGUGGGAAAGGAGGGCACCUCUGGCCCCAAAGCACAUCAAAGGGAUUACCAAUUUGGGAUAUAAGGUGCUUGUUCAACCUUCAAAUCGGAGAGCCAUUCAUGAUAAGGAAUAUGUCAAAGCUGGUGGCAUUCUCCAGGAAGAUAUUUCUGAGGCUUGCCUCAUUGUGGGAGUUAAGAGGCCUCCAGAAGAAAAAUUAAUGCCCAGGAAGACUUAUGCAUUCUUCUCUCACACAAUAAAAGCUCAAGAAGCAAAUAUGAGCUUGUUGGAUGAGAUUCUAAGACAGGAAAUACGGCUUAUUGAUUAUGAGAAAAUGGUUGAUCACAAAGGAACACGUGUGGUGGCCUUCGGACAAUGGGCAGGAGUGGCAGGGAUGAUCAACAUUUUACAUGGAAUGGGCUUAAGGUUCCUUGCCCUGGGGCAUCAUACACCUUUCAUGCAUAUUGGUAUGGCCCAUAACUACAGGAACAGCAGUCAGGCCGUGCAAGCUGUACGUGAUGCUGGCUAUGAAAUCUCUCUGGGAUUGAUGCCUAAGUCUAUAGGACCUUUAACAUUUGUGUUCACUGGCACUGGUAAUGUGUCUAAGGGUGCCCAAGAGAUCUUCAAUGAACUCCCUUGUGAGUUUGUGGAGCCACAUGAGUUAAAAGAAGUUUCUCAAAGUGGAGAUCUCAGGAAAGUGUAUGGGACAGUGUUAAGUCGACAUCAUCACCUUGUCAGGAAAAGAGAUGGGGUGUAUGACCCUGUAGAAUAUGACAGACAUCCUCACCUCUACACAUCUCGCUUUAACACUGAUAUUGCCCCCUACACUACUUGUUUAAUUAAUGGAAUCUACUGGGAGCAAGACACUCCACGGCUAUUGAAUCGGAGAGAUGCUCAGAGGCUCCUCGCUCCAAUCAAAUCCUCAGUUGUUAAUGUUGAGGGUUGCCCUUCCUUGCCCCACAAACUUGUGGCCAUAUGUGACAUCUCAGCUGACACUGGAGGGUCUAUAGAGUUUAUGACAGAAUGCACGACAAUAGACAGUCCCUUUUGUAUGUACGAUGCUGAUCAGCAUAUUAUUCAUGACAGUGUUGAAGGCUCUGGGAUACUCAUGUGUUCCAUUGACAAUUUACCAGCCCAGCUCCCAAUUGAAGCUACAGAAUGCUUUGGAGAUAUGCUUUUUCCCUAUGUUGAAGAAAUGAUAUUAUCAGAUGCGACUCAGCCUCUUGAAAGUCAGAAUUUCUCUCCUGUUGUCCGAGAUGCAGUGAUUGCAUCUAAUGGAUCAUUGCCUGAAAAGUAUAAAUAUAUCCAGAAACUACGAGACAGCAGGGCACAUGCAGAAUUGCUUUCAAUGGACAAGAGGAAGAAAGUUUUGCUACUUGGAAGUGGCUAUGUGUCUGAGCCACUACUAGAAUACCUUUGUAGAGAUGGCAGCAUUGAAAUGACAGUGGGCUCAGAUAUGAAGAAUCAGCUUGAGCAUUGGGCCAAGAAAUACAACAUUAACCCCAUUGUUUUGGACAUUGGGAAGCAAGAGGAGAGACUGGCCAACAUAGUAAAGAAACAGGACCUUGUGAUCAGCCUGCUACCAUAUGUAUUACAUCCUAUUGUGGCCAAAGCAUGUAUUGCCAGCAAAGUGAAUAUGGUCACUGCUAGCUACAUCACACCAGCCCUCAAGGAACUGGAGCAAAGUGUGGAUGAUGCUGGCAUCACAAUAAUUGGAGAGUUGGGAUUGGAUCCUGGCCUUGACCAUAUGUUGGCCAUGGAAACAAUUGACAAAGCUAAAGAAGUAGGAGCCACGAUUGAAUCAUUUGUCUCCUUUUGUGGUGGCUUGCCAGCCCCAGAGCAUUCCGACAAUCCUUUGAGAUACAAAUUCAGCUGGAGCCCAGUUGGUGUCUUAAUGAACAUAUUGCAACCUGCUAAAUAUCUGCUCAAUGGAGAGGUGAUUGAAGCUGGGGGGGCAUCUUUUCUUGAUUAUGUUACCGCCAAGGAUUAUUUCCCAGGAUUAAAUUUGGAAGGUUACCCCAAUAGAGAUAGUACAAAAUAUGCUGAGAUAUAUGAUAUUCAGUCUGCUCAUACUUUGUUGCGAGGGACUCUGCGAUAUAAGGGAUUUGCCAAAGCUUUGGAUGGAUUUGUAAAACUGGGCCUAAUGAAUAGAGAUGUACACCCUCUCCUUAGUCCUGAGGCCUCUCCUAUCACCUGGAAAAAGCUGUUCUGUGAAUUAGUUGGGAUUUCACCUUCUUCCCCUUAUGAUGUGCUGAAGGAAGCCAUCUACAAGAAACUGGAUGGGGAUGACACGCAACUGGAGGCAGUGGAAUGGUUUGGUUUACUUGGAGAUGAAAAGGUCCCUAAAGCAGGGUCCCUCCUGGAUGCCUUCUCUAAACAUUUAGAGAUGAAACUUUCCUAUGGUCCUGGAGAAAGAGAUAUGAUUGUAAUGAGAGACAGUUUUGGAAUACGGCAUCCUUCUGGUCAUUUAGAACACAAAACUGUUGAUCUUGUGGUAUAUGGUGAGGUCGAUGGAUUUUCAGCCAUGGCCAAGACUGUCGGUUUGCCAGCAGCCAUGGCCUCUAAGAUGAUCCUGAAUGAUGAAAUUAAGGCAAAAGGCUUGAUUGGGCCCUUUACAAAGGAGAUCUAUGGACCAAUAUUGAAGCGUAUUAAAGAAGAAGGCAUUAUAUGCACAACUCAAAGCACCAUUAAGCAGUGAUUGGGAAUAACCAUGUAAUUAUAGCUAUCGACAACAAAACUAGCCAAAGAGUCCCAAACUUUUGUGCCAUAACCAUGCUUCCCAAUGUACUGGUAUAAUGCACAAUGACAUAUUUUUGAGUGAAAUGAAUAAUAUUUAUGAAAAUGUAAUUCUAUUUUUCAUAAUAAUUCUUUGGUACAUGAGAUUCCACUAAUUGAAAAAGAAUUUAAUUUUUUAACCACAUAUUUCUUCCUGUGUGUAUAUAAAAGUGAAGAUAAACAGGUUCUUCAUUAUUUAUUGUUUAUUUUUGCUUCAUAUCUUAGGAAUUCAUUUCUCUAAGUUUAUGAGCAUAGAUUCUUUCAGUGGAAUUUUUAGCCAGAAAAUUUUUCCUGUUUGCAACCAUAUUUUUAUAUUUUUUUCAAGUCAGCAGAGUUGGUUUUAGAUUGCUUUAUCUGAACCUAUCUAUGAAACUUUUAGAUAAUGACAUUUUAUUUUCCUUUUAAAACUUUAUAUUCUCAGUAUAAGCAUCCCCUAUUGUGGUGUAGGUAAGGAGACAGAGCCAGAGGAAGGUCAGGGGAUUUCUCAAAGUCAAGCAACUGUUUAGUGGCAGAGCCAUACUGGAAUUCAUGUCUCAUGGCUUCUAGUCCCUACUCUUUCCUUUCCUCCAUUAUGCCUGACCCUGGAAUGUUUCAUUAUGGCCAAUUCUUUGCUCAGUAUAAUUUAUAAUGCAACUAUUAAUGUUUAGAUUUUAUUAAUUAGCCACAAUACAGUAAAGAUGCAGUAAAGAGGGCAUUCUAAGAUGCACAAUUUCAACCAUCCAAGAAAAUGAAGUUCUUAUUUUGUGGCUUUCCAUCUCCCUUUCCUUCUCAGUGCUUGCUAUGAUGGGGCAUUCUAUUUUAAUUCCUAUCAACACACUUUUUCCUUCUCUUAAUGCUGUGCAUUAAUUUUAAAAGGAGGCUUUUAUCAGGCUUAUUUUGAUGGAGUGUGUGUAAUUGGUUGCCAACUGGUUGAGAGGUGUAACUUUCUUUACAUUUUUAUCCUGUGGUGGAAGAUUUCUUGGACCUCUUGUGGGAGUACAUUUGUCAUCAAAAAGAUUAGCACCUAAGGUUGCUUGGAUGGAAAGCCAAAGAUAAAUAUGGAGAAAUAAAUUAAAUGCAAAAUGAAUGAAGAAAGAAUGAUUUGUUUAAUAGACCUGUUUCUUAUUUACAUACUUAGAUGGCCUGGAUUCAACUUUUACAUCACUCAUUUUAAUUUUCAGAAUUUCUGUGUUCACUUUAGUAUUUAGUAUUAUUUCAUUUCAAUCAAUUUUUUUCUAGACAUAUUUUAGGUUAGUUAGAUAUGUCAUUAUUGUUAAGGGAAAUGAUGCCUCUCAUGUUAGAAUUUUUAAAACCAUAUCCAUCAGUGAAACUUUUUUUAAAAAUUAAAUCUAGUUCCUUUAUUCCUGAGUUCAAAUACGUUAUAAGGGGAAGGGAACAGCAGUUUAUUGAUUAUUAGCUUUCUCUUCUAAACUAUAGGCAUGAACACCACCACAUAUCUGUUCUCUCAAAAACCAACAAAAGUACUGAUUUUAAAACUUUUUAGUUGAUAAUUUGAAUUUGUUCAAGAUAGAAAAAGCUUUUUUUUUUUAAACCUAAAUACCAUUUGUUGUUGAGCAUCUUGUUUGAAGAGACAAUUUGCAUAAGUGGAGCAUGUAAAGAUGACAAUGAGGUUGUACUUUGCCAUGAAAAUAAAUGUCUUUGAAAUUUAAUACA